AUGGGAGCCCUGGGCUGCAGUGUGGGGUUCGGCUUCAAAGGCGCCCUGGAGGAGAGGCAGGCUGCAGCCCGCUCUAAGGUACCCCAGGAGGAACAGGGCAAAGAGGAGACUGCCUCACUCAGAGGUGGCUGUCUGUUCCAGGAGGGGUUCACCACAGUGGUGCAGGACCCACUGCUCUGCGACCUCCCUGUCCAGGUCACUUUGGAAGAGAUAGACUCCCAAACAGCACUAGGAUAUGGCCAGGCCAUGACAGUCCAAGUGUGCAAGAUGGAUGGAGAAGUCGCAGUCCUGAACCAGAGGAAGGCCACCCAAACGCAUGUGCACCUCAGGCAGGAGCUCGAAAGGGGCAUUCAGCACAUCAGCUGGCCUAUGAGUGGAGGAACGUACCAUCUGACUGCUGGGGAGAGGCUCAAGGAGGACAGGAAGAAGUUCCGGGACUAUCGGAUCCACAAUCGAGACGAGGCACCCUUCAUCAAGAAGCCACAGCAGAGUGAACUCAAGCCAGGGCUGUGCUCUGGUGGCCAAGCUGUGCUCCCCCACCCCAACCACCCACCAAGAAGCCGCAGGCCACUGACUUCUCUGAAAGUGUAG